ACCCGCAGGCGUACAGUCCUCCAUCAGGGUCAAAUUCUAAACUUGCUUUUGCACAUAUUCAGUACAGGUAAUGCGCCGAUGCAUCUGAAUGAGGAUCAAUGAUGUAAAUGACUUUCGUCAUUAUGAGGACAAAAGGCAAUAGUAUCACAAACUGGAGCAGGAACAACACACCUGCAGAUAGUUGAGAAUCAGCUGGAGUUUGUUUGCUGCUGUGAAAACAACUUCAAUGACUUAUAUCCACAGCUGACCACGUCAGGUCCACAUCUGCACUCGGUGAGGUUGUGAUCACACUACUCUGUGUGUGGGACUUGACUCCUCUGACUCUCCAACAAACAAGAUGCAGAACAGGACUGAGAGGUUCGGAGCUCAGCUGCCUCUCUUUGUUCCAGCCAGCAGCUCUCAGCAACAUCUGUUCAGGAAGAGCACCACCUACCUGGCUAAGAUCGCUGUCGUCCUCCAAGACGCUCCAGGCAAGAUGCUCACUUUUGCUCAGUUGAUGGACAGACUGGUGCCAUUAAUCUCUGAAGACAGAAAAUCUGUUGAGAACAACAUCAGAGUCUGUUUAUCAACCAACAAAUGUUUUGUCAAGAUUCCAGUGGUCCCAGAUUCACUGGACAGUAAGAGAAACUACUGGAAACUGGACCCCAGUCAGAUCACAGCAAAGAUGGUGCGGCGUCACUUCAAAGGAAUCCUGCAGCUCUUCCCUGAGCUGGCCUCCAAAGUGGAAACAGAGAACACGAGCAGACCAUCAGAGCGCCACUCAGCUCUCCACUCUCCUGAACCUGCAGCCUGCAGAGCUGUUCAGAUCAGAUGUGAGGUGAAGUUCAGCAGUCCUUUCUCCAUCGAAUCCCUCCUGAAGAGAGACAGUCCCUCGGCUCGGGCCUCCAGAGCUUCUCCUCUGUCCAGUGUGCCGGUCAGAGUGGAGCACACACAUGGACACAGAGUUGGGACACAGAGGAGCUUCAGCUGGGGCUCUGAGGAGCCUCUCCUCCUCCAAGCUUCAGCUGGAAGUUCCUCCAUCUGCUCAGCAGGGGGCAGCACACACCAUGGACUCACUGCUAAUGGAGCUUCUAAGCCCAUCAAGAGGAUGCAUGUGUACACUGAGCCUUCAUUCCCCGUUUACACAAGAGCCACUGCUGCUGCUUAUUUCACCAGCCCACACAGCAGUUACAUCACUUGUUCUGUACCAUCAUUUACCCAUGAUGCUAUCCGUUUUCGUUUGUAGUAUUGUAGUAUUUUUUUCCUACUUCCAAACUGCACUUUUAUAUGUUUUAUGUUUUUGAGUGGAAUGUGUACUUCAGAGAGAAUUUUUUUCUUUUUAAAUCAGACACAGAACAAGGCCCUGUGUGAGUCUUUGUGGCUUUAUUUUGUUGGUAGAUAACCCACGGAUAACAGUAGAUGUCAAUAUCUCCUGAAGUUCUACAUGAUGUAGGCUCAGUGGGAUAGAAGACUUGAAUUAUCUUGUUCAACAGAUGAGUGGUCUAUAAUAUGGUUACUGGGACAUUUUUUACGUUGUUGCUUUUGAGGUUGGCAUCUGACCACAGGAGGGCAGCAUAGUAUUUCAAAGGUUCUCUUGAAAUACAAUAAUUGUCAACGCAGACUCAAAACGAUUAAAGGUGUUUCUUCUGCACCCUGGUACUUGUCUAACAUUUUAUGUGAUGUUAAUAUUAGUCUAUUUAUAGUUAAUCUAUAAUCUCACCUGAAAGUCUAGGUCACAAACCAUAUUAGCCAUGCAAGUUGGUUGUAGUUGUUGUUAAAUUUGAACUUUGAACCUUGUUCCUUAAGCCUGAAUCACCCUGUUUAGUAUGUGACAUAAUACUAAGUUGACUGACCAGAGUGGCAAGGUUAAGUUGAGCAAAUAUGUAGUAGAUGAAAUCUGUUUGCUUUUCUAGUAGCAGUACAUCUGUACCACAAGGUACAUUGUCUAAACCUUAACCUACUGUCCGUCUCAACUCUUUUAGUACACCUCGCACUGAACUUUACUUUUCUACUAAUAAAAUUACUUAGACAUUU